UAUGGCGAAUUCCUGCGAUUUGGCCAUAGCGGAGGCGCGGGCAGUAGUAGGACUGUUUACUGUAUGUUGUUUAUAUUUAGCAGCAGCAGGUGAAAUUGAUUCACAGCCACAUGAAUUACCGCCGUACAAUAAUAAUAAUAAUAAUAAUAAUAAUAAUAGGAAUAUGAUGGUUAAUAGUAGCGAGCAGCAGGUGGUGCCUGGCAUUGGCAUUGGCAUUGGCAUGUUCAUAUUCGGGGACUCGCUUGUGGACAAUGGCAACAACAACGCCAUGAUCACUCUUUCCAGAGCAAAUUACAGGCCUUAUGGCAUUGACUUUCCUCAAGGCGCCACUGGACGUUUUACAAAUUCUCGCACUUUUGUCGAUGUUCUAGCCCAAUUGCUAGGGUUUCGCAACUAUAUCCUCCCUUUCGCGAGGGCCCGGGGACGAGCAUUACUCGAUGGAGCAAACUAUGCAUCUGGAGCUUCUGGAAUCAGAGACGAAACGGGCAAUAAUUUGGGGGAUCACUUGUCGAUGAACCAGCAGGUAGAUAGGUUUGGGGAGACAGUGGAGCAGCUGAAGAGGAUGAGAUUGUAUUUCAGGGGGGAUGCCAAUGCUGCAGUGGCCGCCUAUCUCAGCAAAUGCAUAUUUUACUCAGGACUGGGCAGCAACGACUAUCUCAACAAUUAUUUCAUGCCCGAUUACUAUUCCACAAGAUCUCAGUACACCCCACAGGCUUACGCCGCUUCUCUCCUCCAGGAUUAUUCCAAACAGCUGACAGCAUUAUACAAGCUGGGAGCUCGGAAAGUGAUUGUGAGUGGGAUUGGGAAAAUAGGGUGCAUUCCAUACGAGUUGGCGCGAUACAAUGGCAGCGGGAGCGCGUGCAAUGAGGAAAUCAACAGUGCUAUUGCCCUCUUCAACAACGGACUCAAAGCAUUGGUGGAUGGAUACAAUAACAAUAACAACCAGCAGCUUCCAGGAUCCAAAUUUGUGUACUUGGAUUCAUUCAGAAGCAGCCAAGAUCUGGUUGAGAAUGCAAAGACAUAUGGAUUUGAGGUGGUGGACAAGGGGUGCUGUGGGGUGGGGAGAAAUAACGGACAGAUCACAUGCCUGCCUCUAGAAACCCCAUGUGAGGAUCGCCAAAAGUACAUAUUCUGGGAUGCAUUUCACCCCACGGAAGCCGUCAAUAUAUUGCUUGCCAAGAGAGCAUACGAUUCUCCCACUCCCUCCACGUCAUUUGCUCAUCCCAUUAACAUACACCAAUUGGCCAUGCUCUAGCCUCUGCAUAUAUAUAUUAGCUACCUAAUUAUUAUUAUUAUUAUUGACUAGAUUUACUACAUCCAUGUAUGCAAAUACUGGAUUAUGAAUAAUACGUUGAAAUCAACCAUGCAUACCAUGCAUAUAUAUAUAGUAGUCCAUCUUAACGGAUAUAUAGGUCGAAUCUGCAUGUAAUUCUCGUCUUAUUACAGUGACACUUAUGUUUUAAUAUAAACAUUUCGCCUCUUAG